AUGGCUACAGAAGAGCAGGAGGUUAAGGAUGAGCGUCUGGAGACUCAUGAGGAAGGAGGGGACGAUGAGGUAAGUCGAGCUGGAGCUGAAGCUGGAGAUGGAGCUUUAACACCGACAUCCCACUUCUACGCUACCCUUCACAUGGAAGAGAUUGCGGCUAUGAAGAGACGGGUAGCCGAGAUGGAAUCCGAAGCAGCAAAGUUGCGGGAAAUGCAAGCCACCCUUGAUCAACAGUCCGAGAGUCUACGCGAGGACAAAGAGGAGAUUGAUGCUCGGAGUAUUUUCGUUGGGAAUGUGGAUUACGGCGCUUCGCCCGAGGAAAUCCAGGCGCACUUCCAGAGCUGCGGCUCCAUCAAUCGCGUUACUAUCCUUCUGGAUAAAUUCACAGGCCAACCCAAGGGGUACGCCUACGUAGAAUUCGCGGAGCCUAGUCUUGUCGCCCAGGCCCUUGUUCUGAACGAGAGUGUAUUCCGUGGCCGCAACUUGAAGGUUGUUCCCAAACGGACCAAUCUGCCUGGUAUGAGCAGCCGAGGCCGUGGACGCGGUGGCUUCCGUGGCGGCCGUGGAUUCUACCGCGGCGGGUUCCCUCCUCGCGGAGGCUAUCGCGGCGGCGGUCGCGGUCGCGGUCGAGGUUAUGCGCCUUAUUAG